UAACUAUUGAAUUUUUAACAAAAUAUUUGUUGUUUAUUGAAUGUGUGAGCUAACGGUCUCAUAUAACUGAAUAAAAGGGCGUUUUUAUAUCAUUUGGAAUCCCGAAUUAAAGCAGUUUAGAUAGAGUAAGCAUGAAGUAACGUGCCUACAAAAUCAUGUCACACCCACCUCGAACCAAGGAGAGCCUGCACCGUCAUUUAAUGACAACCCUCAUAGACCGGUUUCUUGACGGAAGCAGAAAGGAGGGCCACAAUUUCAUUGCAUGGAAGACCCACUUCAAGCGCUACUGCAACAUGCCAGCCCAAGAGGACAAGGGCCUACGCUCAGACUUCAGCUAUCUGGAGAGGCGGGGCUUAUUGUCUGUGGGCCGCUACAGCAUCCUCAAUAAGAUCUUCCAGAAGUUCGACCCUCGGGCCGUCAGUUUCAUCAACAAGGUCUCAGAAGAAAUGGCUGCCUUGCCAUCGGAGAAUAGGAUAGAAAAAAAGACGACAACCCUAAAAAUCGAUGCAUAUAUACUUCCGGUCGAAAAAGCAGUAGAAAGGGCAUUAUGGGAGAUCCUCCAUGACACUGUUACAUACAUAGAGUCAACGCCGGAUCCCAUUGCUACUACAGACGAAACCAUUGAGCUGUUAAACAGCAAUUCCACCGGGGGAAGCAAGAAAAAACCAAAACUCAAAAACCUUAUAGACAAAUCAGUCAAACUGAUAAAAGAACUGCGUGACGAAAAAGGGUCACCCAAUCAAGUCAGCUAUGACGUCAUCAAAGCCAUAUUUCAUCUGUAUCAAAAAAUGCGAAAAACGAACCACCUCAAAGGUUUGAAGGUCGGACCCAAGGGCAACUUCACAUUGCUGGCGGACUUUUCGACCGAAGUUGACCUCAAGAGCUGCCUUACUGAAGGCACAAUGAAGACUUUGAAGAACGACGUGUCUGAUUUUUUUGCUUCAAGUUACAACUGGCUCGGAAUCGACAUGAAGUACGGAAAGGUCAUUGUAGAGGUCAAAGAGGUGAAGGCCACGGAAGUCAAGGCGAAACUCAAACCAAGUACUAUCCCACUAGACAUUAGGACCCCGGAGAGAAAAAUCCCCGUGCCCACCUUACACGAGAUCUGUCACCUGACCUUUGUUCUCCCUGACCUACUUUGGGCCAGCGACUCCGAGGGCACCAUCAUUCUCGUCAACCCCCAGGGUGAGGUUUUAGACACGCUGAACACGCAGUCCCAUGAAUGCGGGAAACACGCCGUCACCAACACGGGUGAACUCCUUUACUUAGAUCACGGCUGCGUGAUGAGGCACGUGAUCGGUCACGGCUCCAAACCGCUCGUGACGGAGAUCACGUUCGGCGGAUGGUGGGAGUGGUCGAUUUUCUGCAGUCACCAAAAUGGCGACAUAUUCGUUGGGAUGACAGACGAGAAUUUAGAUCACGGGAGAGUCGUACGAUUCAAUAAGCUCGGGAAACUGAUGCAGACGAUAGAAUACGAUGAUCGUAACAAACUCCUGUACAGCGUGCCGAGGUAUAUUGUGGAAAACGUAAACCGUGACGUAUGCACGUCGGAUAACGCUGGAAUCGUGGUGGUGGAUAAAACAGGAAAACAUCGCUUCACGUACGACCUGAAAGUCCCUCACGGUCUGUGCGUGAACUCUCAUGGACAUAUCAUUGCGUGCAACUGGACGUCCGCCAUUCACGUCAUCAACCAUAACGGGCACCUGCUUUGCAUCAUGGGAGUGGAAACAAGAGACGUCAUUUCCCUUUCUAUUGAUGAGGAGGACAAUCUGUACGCUGGGUCUGAUUCCUCAAAUGUUGUCAGUGUGUAUAAGGUUUCCCUUGAAAAGAUGUUUAGGAAAUGAAAACAUCCGAAAAGAGGGGAAUCAAUUUCUGCUUCUGUCUCCGCUUCUUAAUACCGUGUUCAAAGAACGCUGAAUUUCUUCUAAUGAUCAGAGAGGGGAGUGUUUAUUAGUUGAUAUUUACAUUUUUAACUGUCUUUGUCUGUGAUAAUAUUACGAAUCAAUUUUGGAGCCAGUGGCCAAAUAAUUUAAUAAAAGAUGAGCGACACAAAAUGGUCGUGUCUUAAAUGCAUAGCACACGCCACAUGAAAAAAAGUGGUCUUAAAAUGUUGUUUGAAAGUGUAGAAAUUGAAAAAAUAUAAAUAUUAGUCAUUAGAAAUUACUUCUCAAAUAUUAUUUUGAUUAGUUCGGAUAGGGUGUGGUCAAGUCUAUCAUAAAGUUCUGCAAUUCUUUAUUCCUUAAAUGGUUACAUGUAAAAGAGUACGGCCGAAGUAAACAAACACUAGUUUCAUGUUCUUUUAUAGAAUAUUUUAGUUCAAGAGACAUUAUAUGGACUAUAUAAGGAAAUUAUUAAUAAUAAUUAAAGUUCGUGGUUUAAAAUUUUAGAACUUGGAGUUUGUUUACUUAAAAUUCAUUUUGCACGUACUGUAAUAAUUAAAUCUGUAUCAGACUAUAAGAUUAGUUUGAUUUUUUUUUUCUAGCACAUAACCGGAUACAUUAAUUUAAACAGUAUUUCAUUCAACAGCCAUUUACGCCACAAACUGUAAUUUGACCUUUAAGUUUACAGCAGGUAGGGGAUUACUUUUGUAUUAUUUUGUAACGUAACAUAAUACGACAAAGAAGAAAACAAGUUAUCCAUGUAUGUAAAAAGAUAAGUGUUUCAAUCUAUGAUACAGAUGGUGCAAAAAUGGUCAUAAAUACUUUCGUCUUACCUUCGUCUAUUCUGAGGAAAAUGUCGUGAUGGGAAAGAUUUUAACAUCAACCAGCUUCCAGUUUCUUCGAUCAAUAUUUUUUAUGUAAACAUUAUUUGAUUCAAAAUAGUAUAUUGAAUUGUUUUAGGCAGCAGGCACAGGCUAUUUCUCUCCCUAAACUAUGUUUAACUUUGUGAUACUCAUAGCGAAGAAAAAAACUCUUGACUUUUCAUAUUUGUGCACGAAGUUUAAGUUUUAUUAUCGCUUUAACAAACAACUAACCAUGUAGUUGAGAUGUGAUAAAUUUAAAGUAGGUCGAAUAUUAACCUUUUAUGAUUGGUAAGGUUGAAACAGGUCGAUAUUAGGCCGUAAUAGUAAAAAGAGGGGGGAUACUGCCCCAUUCACUAUCAGACUGAUGAUUUGUAAAUCAUGUUUAAAGUUGGUUCUCUAAGGUACAUUUUAUAGGUGUAUUUUUACUUGAUCAACCCU